CAUCUUUCCAUUAUCCAAUCACUUUCCCCAUGUCCCCCAGGCUCCGUGAGUGCCACACAGUGGGGAGGGGGUGGGGGCCAUCAUGUCAUCGUAUCAGAAGGAACUGGAGAAAUACAGAGACAUAGAUGAAGAUGAGAUCCUAAGGACCCUGAGCCCCGAGGAGCUAGAGCAGCUGGACUGCGAGCUACAGGAGAUGGACCCUGAGGUAGGGGCCCCAGCACAGGGAACCAGGGACAGUCUCCAGGCAUUUGGGAAGGGUGAGGGGCCCUGGGUGGCUAAGAUCGGGGCUGCCCACAGGGCUUGGAGUCGCAAGGGGGCCAGGGAAAGGGUGUCUGUAGAUGUCUUAGGGAGCCCUGGGGGUGCCCCAGAUCAGAGAAGAGGUCCGACUUGCUCCCCAAAACUCAUCCCUCAGAACAUGCUCCUGCCAGCUGGACUAAGACAACGUGACCAGACGAAGAAGAGUCCAACGGGGCCGCUGGACCGGGAUGCCCUUUUGCAGUACCUAGAGCAGCAGGCACUAGAGGUCAAAGAGCGUGAUGACCUGGUGCCCUUCACAGGCGAGAAGAAAGGGAAACCCUAUAUUCAGCCCAAGAGAGAAAUUCCUGUACAGGAGCAGAUCACUCUGGAGCCUGAACUGGAAGAGGCACUGGCCAAUGCCACAGAUGCUGAAAUGUGUGACAUUGCAGCAAUCCUGGGCAUGUACACGCUGAUGAGCAACAAGCAAUACUAUGAUGCCAUCUGCAGUGGAGAGAUCUGCAACACGGAAGGCAUUAGCAGUGAGUGUGUCUGGGGGCAUGAUGCCCAGGGCUUUGGCAGGUGGUACCAAGGUCUGAGGAAAGGUAGCAAAGGGCGAAACAAGGGGAUCAUGGAGAGAAUGUGGUACAUGAAUAAUAAGAGAACCAAUGGGGAGGAGAUUGUGGAGGACAUGUUGGGGUUUCUUUCUGGCCCUCACCCACCAGGUGUGGUGCAACCGGACAAGUAUAAGCCAGUGCCAGAUGAGCCCCCAAAUCCCACAAACAUUGAGGAGAUCCUAAAGAGUGUUCGAAACAAUGAUAAGGAGCUGGAGGAGGUGAACCUCAAUAACAUACAGGACAUCCCAAUACCCAAGCUAACGGAGUUAUGUGAGGCAAUGAAGACAAAUACCUAUGUCCGGAGCUUCAGUCUGGUGGCCACAAGGAGUGGUGACCCCAUUGCCAAUGCGGUGGCAGACAUGUUGCGUGAGAAUCGUAGCCUCCAGAGCCUGAACAUUGAAUCCAACUUCAUCAGCAGCACCGGGCUCAUGGCUGUGCUGAAGGCAGUUCGGGAAAAUGCCACACUCACUGAGCUCCGUGUAGACAACCAGCGCCAGUGGCCUGGCGACGCAGUGGAGAUGGAGAUGGCCACCGUGCUCGAACAGUGUCCCUCCAUUGUCCGCUUUGGCUACCACUUUACGCAGCAGGGGCCACGAGCUCGGGCCGCCCAGGCCAUGACCCGGAACAAUGAACUACGUGAGUAAAUGCAGACAUGUUGUGUGGGGGAAAGGGCAAGGAGGGAGUGGAUCCUCCUGAAAGCUGACUUAGUGACUAAGAGUCUGGGGUGCUGCCAAAACAAGAGUCACAUGAGAAGGACGUAAGUGACCAGAAAGUAGAUAGAAAAGUCCCCUGCCCCAAAUUUAUACCUGUAGGAAGGUGGAAAAGAAUCUAGACAUACCUGUUUGUAGGCAUGUUAUUUUUACUUGCCAUGCCAUUUCUUAUUUUGCUUUGUUAAUGGGGGGUGGGCAUGCUUGCUGGCCUAAGACAUUAGCUCUUUAUGAGUCUGGCCAAGGAACUGGAAAGGGGAAGAGGGGCACCUUUGCAGGAAAUAGGAGAUACAACAAAGAUUUGUGUUUACUCUUUCCUGUUACAGGUCGCCAGCAAAAAAAGAGAUAACACUACCUUUUCCCUUUACCAACUAGAGCUGGGAGCCCUGAAUACCUAAAUCCUCAUCUCUCACCCUUCCUGUAAAUAAAGGCCCUUCUGUCCACUCUGCCUGCCUCCUUCCUUGGGCUCUGGGGUGGGAAUCUUGGCGCUAACCCCCAAGGGUUACUGCCAAUUCAUCAGGGGAUUAUUUAUACUCUGGGGAUCAGCAGGCAGGGAGGCUCAAGUUACUAGGCGGAGGUGGGGGAGCUCCCUCCCUUGGUGUUCCCCAUGGCCCUGCCAAUGCUGUUAGUCCCUUCUGCUCUCAUAGGGACCUACCCCAGCCCUCUUUCCAGAAGUGGCCAG